CGGACUCUCACACAGACGGGAGAGAGCGAGCGGUCCGUGUGAAGUGAAGAUAAACAGCGAGAAAUCUCUCUGAAACAGAGCGCAAUGACUCGCUUGUGCGUCUGUGAUAUGUGCAACUGCGGCCGUCAUCGCUGCACACACCAGUCCAGUACACUGUACAGUAAAGGAGGUAAGAGUAACCCAUUGUCUGAGUACACAGAGAAAUACCCGGCCUAUAAAGGUCACACUCGUCCAAAAAGCCUCAAGCCCCAACAGGAGUACAAAGCUCACCAGAGCACAAUGGAGGGAACAACCACCUUCAGGAUGGACUAUAUCCCGUACGUGGUGCCUCGUCGCCCUGAAAGACAGCAGGUGGAGUACAAGCCUAAACCUGGACAGAUUGACUUAGGGACCACCUAUAAACAAGACUUCAAUCAAUACGAAGUGCAGCCAUUCGUUCCCUUUCGCCCUAAAGAAAGAACACAUAUCAUGAAUGCAAAACUGGACACGGUGCCCACCUACAAAGAGGAUUUUCGUCAGUGGGAAAUCAGCAAGCGUGAAUUAACUAAACCUGAUAUGACCUAUCACCCUCCUGCUGCCAAAUUUGGAAAUUCCACAACAUUCCAGGAUGAUUUUGUCCAAAAAGGUCUUGUGCCACGUGAGAGCUACAAGCCUCCCAACGUAGCCAAGUUCUCAGACGUUCCAUUCGAAAACCUAACCAGCAACAAGCUCUCAUAUGUACCACACGCUCUGGAAGCCCGUUACGUAAAAGCGCCUGAAGAAUAUAAACCCAACAGCAAUCCAUUCCAAGACCUCACCACACACCGACAAGACUACCAAGGCCUGCCUGGUCAACUGUCCAAAAGCUGCAAGCCUGAGGUCCUCAAGGUGGCUUCUAACAAGCCCUUCCAGAGCAGCACGGAAUUCCGGGAUCGCUUCCAGCAGUGGCCAGUCUCCCUUCCGGAAUUCCACAAGUCGGUGGAGUACACGAGUCCCACAGAGCAUAUGGACCUGACCACCACCUCACACACAGAUUACAUCAAGCACCAGGUCCAUCCCUUCGUAUCCGCCAAACCCUUCUCAAUCCCGAAAAAGUCCUCCCGGCCCUUUCAGGGUAACACCACAAUGAGGGAUGACUUUCAGCCGUGGGCGGCGCAACGUCAAAGCCUGAUCCGGAAGCAAGAGGAAAUCCGGCGAUCCAGUGAGAAGAUGGAAGAUCUCACCACCUUCAAAGCCCAUUUCAUCCAUCACCAACCCCAGCCCAGUCAAAGCUUCAAGCCCCAUAAUGCACCAAUGCGGUCCGACGCUCCGCUAGAGAACGACACCAUGUACCGCACAGAGUUCACACCCAAGAAAAUCAGCAUUUGUCCAGCCAGUUUCGAGUCUCCACCGGGGUUUGUUUUCGACACGUACGACGAUCGAGGUCACCGGUUCUUCCGCAAAUUGACAUCCACUGAUACGAUUGAGACUCCUAAGGAUAUGGCCUUGAUUGCUUAACUCAUCAUGUGGUUAUAUAAAAGAUGACUCAGCAUACAAUAUGAUGUCGUGAAUUGUUUCAAUGGGUCAUCUACCUUUUAAAAAUGAAUAAUUAUGAACUUUGUUGUUGUUUACUCGCCUUCAUGUCGUUUGAUCCCCCAAUGUCUUUCUUUGUUCUUCAGAACCCAAACACAAAUUAUUUAAAAAAUGUUGUUUGGGGUUUUCUGGUUACUAUGGUAUAGGGGAAGGUGACCACCUUUAUAAACUUCAAUUUAAUGUCUUCAGGACACUUAGGUAGGGUGGCCAUUCGUGCCAGUUCCGCCGGACACAUCCCGAACAUGUUUUCGGGUGCGUUCUCUGGAAGUCGCGUUGGUUGACCGAAGAACGUUAUCAAGGUUUAAUAUUUCGGGUUCAAUUUCAGAAAAGCAACCGUUACAUUUCAAGGUAAGAAUGAAACUACAAUGAUUGUAUGUCUUAAAAUAAAUAAAUCUUAAUUUUUUAAUGUAUUUUAAAUGAAAUGUGAGAACCUCAAUGACGUAUGCGGUCGAGCAACGCGACUUGAACCGAAAACAUGUUCGGGAUGUGUCUGGCAGAACUAGCACGAAUGGCCACCAUACACUUAGGAGUGGUUUCCCGGACAGGGAU